AUGAACAUCGAUGCUUUCAUCGCCACGGUGCAGUCGCGUCUUGACCAUGCGUCUGAUCAUCUCGCCUUGAUGCAGGUAGAUCCUGUCUACGCCCGCCGAUACAUUCGCCUACUCUUUCAGGGCGAGGCUUACAAAUCAGUCCCACGCACAACGGCAUGGCAGAUCGUAGACUCUACUCUCACGAUGGAGCUGAAGUCGCUAUACUGGUGGUUCUGCGUGCGGGAAGAAGCUGAGCUUGUGAGAGAUCUCCAGCACCGCUUCAAAGACCAAAUCGAUCCAGGGUCGCCGCUACCCCCUAAGUAUGACCAUGCCCUCUCUGCUCUCGAAGUCGUGCUUGUCAACUUCAUGAACAUCCGCUGUGAUAUGUGUCGGAAUCAGAUUGAGCAGCGUCCAGGAUUCUCGAAAUACUAUCGCUGGGAGGAAAUAGGACCUCGGAAGCUAGAAGUGACUCGUGUUAAUCCUGAACCGUUGCCCAACAGGUUUUUCACGGACCCACUGUACUGGUAUCUGAUAAAUCUGUGCGCGCCACCCGACGGGAGAGGCUGUAUUGACCAUGCCAGGUUAUUUGCAUACCUGGAGCAUCAUCUUGCCACUGCAUCGCAGGAAGAACGAACAAGGGUCGAUCAAACAGUAAUUGACUGGUUUUCGGAAAUAGCUGUCAACCAUCAGCUGCUCCUGACCCUUCGAUUGAGCCGACCACAAAACCACAUCGGGUUUACCGACAAGCUAUUGAAAACCGAGAAGGGGCGUGUCUGGCGGAACAAGUUAUUGGAGGCUGGAAACGUGCACCUCACCAGCGCACGCCCACUGCUUCUCAAGCGUUUCUACGAGACAGCCCCACCCCAGGGUCGUCGAGACACAGCUUGGCUGAAGCAGUAUGACGAGGUCUCUGUCAAUCUCGCAACAUACUGGUCGGCUAUACGAGGACCGAGUAAACAUUUCGAGGAGCCUGAUGUAGCACAUUUCAUACGUGCCGACCUUGAUCCAUCGCAUAUUGCGCAAGUCAAUGCACAAAGGCAAACAGUACUUGACGAAAUCGAAUCAAGGCUCACGAUUCCAAAACACGUCAAUACUGUUCAACUACCUUUGGCGACCGAACGUGCCAAGCUCGAGCUCGUGCAGACCAGUGUCAAGACAAAGACACGGCCAGAAAAGCAGACCGAUGCAAGCGAAAUUGACCCACCAACCUCAGAGUUGGAGUCCAUGUCUCUGCCGGACGACCGGCCGACUGCCGUCGUACGAACCUCGAAGCGAGCCGUCGAGGUUUUCAACAAGAUGUUCGCUACGGAUGUCGAGGACGCUACUCAGGGCUGCGAGUGGGAUGCUUUCGUGCACGCCAUGCGUGACCGUGGCUUCACUGCUCGUGACAGUGCCGGAUCCGCUGUCGUGUUUGAGCUACCGGAAAGCGGUAGAAUCGUUUUCCAUAAGCCGCAUCCAACGCCUAAGAUUGACCCCAUCACGUUGCGGGCGAUGCGAAAGAGGUUGCAUAAGUGGUUCGGCUUUGGGAGGGAGAGUUUUGUCCUUGGUGCCUAG